AUCGCGGAUCAAACACGUGCGGUAAACUAACGCCGGGUCGUAUAUUUUCACGUUUUGUGCUUAUUUUAACAAUUAAACAAUACACAAUGGGUAAAGUGAAAGUCGAAAAGAUGGAAGCUACUGAAGAUGCCGACGUUACCGUUAAGGAGGAAGAUUCGUACGAUGACAAGAUCCGCAAUGCGAGUGCAAUCGCACAGCCGAUGGCGUCCAAGAAGCUGACCAAAAAGAUACACAAACUGAUCGAAAAAGCUUCGAAACAGAAGAACUUUCUUCGCAAUGGUCUGAAGGAUGUACAAAUUCGCCUGCGCAAAGGAGAAACUGGACUCGUGGUGUUUGCUGGUGAUGUGACACCGAUCGAAAUCAUGUGCCACCUGCCGGCAGUAUGUGAGGAGAAGAAUAUCCCCUACUGCUACAUGCCCAGCCGUAAGGACCUCGGCGCAGCGAUGGGUGUGAAGCGUGGCACAGUGGCGAUGCUGAUUCGCGAACAUCCCGACUAUCAGGAAACGUACGAUAAACUAAAGGUAGAACUCUCCACCCUUCCCAUACCUUCAUGAGCAAGCAGUCAGAUUUAAAGUGAGCCCAAAACUAUUUUAUACCUUAAACCGAAAUCCCCGCUUGAGGGGAUUGCGAAACAUUUUCUUUUUAUCAUCAUCUCUUUUUAUUUUAUACUUGAGUUCAAUGUAUGAAUUGUAUAUGCGAUGAAAAGCACACAGGAAAAAUGUUUUCGGUUAUGAAAAUCGAAGAUGAAAUAGAAUAUUGUUGUUUACAGCGGAAACAGCCAGAUUUAUUAUAAGUUGUGUUACUACCACUAAACACCGAACAUUAGUCCACAUAAAUUUGUCUAAUACAGAAAACGAAUAAACCUUCCACGGA